AUGCCAGCUCUCAAGUCCAUCACUCCCUUUCCGGUCGAGGGGCUGCUCCCUAAGGAGACAACUCAAGCUAAGUCUUUCCUGGAGAAGUUUCCCAAAUAUGAUGGGCGUGGCGUGAGGGUGGCGAUCCUGGACACGGGGGUGGAUCCAGCAGCCAAAGGUCUCGAAGGCAGGGUUGUGGACGUCAUCGAUUGCAGUGAGUAGUUUGUGCCAGUAGGUGAGAAGCGAUAGCAAAUAGUCUAACCUCAACAAUGCCCCAUCUCUUGUCACUGCAGCUGGCUCUGGUGACACUCCUCUCGAAGCUGUCAAACCUUCGCAAGACGCGCCGUCCGAUAAGAUUGGUCUCAAAUCGCCUACCACCGGGCGCGCGCUUCUAGUCAGCUCGUCCCUCACGAAUCCAUCUGGCAAGUGGUUUGUCGGCACCAAGCCGGCGUACGGAUUUUGGCCGAAAGAUCUCAUCGCGAGGCGCAAGUCUGAGCGUCGCAAGGAGUGGGAUGUCGAGCAGGAAAAGCUGCGCGCGCGUGUCCAAUUUGAGUUGAACCAGCUCUCCAACGGCCCUGCCCAGGGUGUAACCACCGGCUCUGAGAGUGCUGAGCAGACGCAGACUGAAGACAAGGAUACCAAAGCCAAGAAGAAUGACCUUGAAGCGCAGCAGCGAGCUUCCGCCAAAGCGGAGCUGACUGCGCAGCUCGAGGUGCUCAAGGAUCUCGCCAGCACCUACUCGGAUCCAGGACCCAUCAUCGAGGUCGUGGCGUGGCACGAUGGCAAAAAUUGGCGCGCUGUUGUCGAAGGUGCGGAGGGCUCCGCUUGGGACCCCUCACAGGGCCUCCAUCCCGACCGUCUCAAGAAGCUUGAAGACAGUACGCUGGACUUCUCGGCCAGACCAGCUCUGACCGAUUUCCAUAAGGAGAGGCAGCAUGACACAUUUGGCCAGAUUGACCUGCUCACGUACAGCGUGAAUUUCUUGUUCGAAAUCCCGCCGCCGGAGAACGAGCAGGUCAAAGGAGAUGCCCAUGCGCCAUCAGGCAUCAGUCUCUGCGUGGUCAGUGGCUCGCAUGGAACACACGUUGCCGGAAUCGUGGGAGCCAAACGGGAUGAUGAUCCUGAGCAGAACGGAGGAGCUCCAGGCUGUGAGCUGGUCAGCUUGAUGAUCGGUGACGCUCGCUUGGGCUCGAUGGAAACGCAGAAGGCAUUAGUACGGGCUGCCAGAGCUAUUAUCGACACCGGCUGCGCCGUGGCCAACAUGUCCUUCGGCGAAUCCGGCGCUUGGGGCGUAGACAACAAAGGCCUCUUCGCAGAGCAGCUGCGGGACAUUGUCAUCAGAGAGCAUGAUUGUCUGUUUGUGUCGAGCGCUGGCAACUCUGGCCCUGCGCUCAGCACACUUGGCCAGCCGGCCGGAACGACUUCGGGUGUCAUCACUGUCGGCGCGUAUGUCGAUGCUGGCUCGAUGCUAAAGGCGGAGUACGCUCUCCUGGAAGAUGGGAUCAAAAGCAGCACUACAACCUGGUGUUCCAGAGGCCCUGUUGCCGACGGUGACCUAGGUGUGGACACGUACGCUCCGGGUGCGGCAAUCACCUGCAUUCCGAGAUACUGUCUUCAAAGCACCAUGCUGGCCAACGGUGAGUGCCGGCUUUGGAGUUUAUUCUCCCAGCUCGUACUCUGACCUUACGCUUUGAUGGCCACGCCAGGAACUUCAAUGGCUUCUCCCAGCGCAGCGGGCGCCUUGUGUAAGCAUCUAUGAAAGUCGUGGUAGCAUGAAUCAGUCAGCUGCUGACCGUUGCUUCACACUUCGUAGCCCUUAUCGUCUCCGGCUUGCUAGCAGAAGGCACCAAAUUCUCUGCCGCUCGAAUCACCAAAGCCCUGCGCGGAAGCAACAAGGAUGUACGCGAUGACCUGGGUGUAGGCUUCAUCCAAGUCGCGAAGCUCUGGUCGCAUCUGCAAGAUCUCAAAGAUGACCCUGUUGCAGAUGCAGAGUGGCGCGUGGCAGUGACUCCUGCUGGCAAGCCACCUGGGCGUGCUGGAACUGACCAGCGGGGCAUCUAUUUACGAGAUGAGGCUCAGACGCAAGGCUUGAGUCAGUUUACUCUGACUGCAACGCCAACAUUUGGACCUCGCGAGACCCAGCGCUCCUACGAGCUGCAAGUGCCGGCUGCGAUCGUCAGUACGGCACCAUGGGUCACCACUACUGAGCACGUGUGGAUCGGAAGCAAGGGUCGAGGUUUCGAAGUCAGGGUGGACUGCUCCGACCUCGAGGCUGGCAAGCUCCACACUGCGCGCGUAGAAGCUUGGGACACGAACACCGGGCGGCUCCUCUUUGACGCUCCGGUCACCGUCACCAAGCCGCUGCCUCCCAACCCUACUGUGGUGUUAGACAAAGUCAAAUUGGAUCACGGAAAGGUCGAUCGACGCUUCGUCUCUGUUCCUGCUGGAGCUACGUGGGCCGAGCUGAGCUUUCGAUCUGCCAAUCAUCAAGUAUCGGGCACAAGCGUACGCUUCUGGUACCAUGGUGUGCAGGUGCUUCCACAUGCUCGCUUGCCCGAUGCCGAACAAGCUUACGUGCUGGCGCUCAACGAAGGCGAGCCAGUGACAAAGAAGUUUCCGAUUGUCGGUGGACACACACUGGAGAUGUGCUUGGCUCAAUUCUGGUCUUCUGCUGCCGGCUUCGAUUUGGACAUCAAGAUUGAGUUCCACGGCGUCAACUUUGGCGCUGCAAAGACCCCUGGUCGGGACGAGACGACCUUGGUUGGAGGACAAGGCAUCGCUAGGUUGUCGUGCACCAGCAAUGUGCGUAUCGAGACUUUCAAGCCCAGCCUCUCAUUCAACAAGGUCCGGACCUUUGUGCGACCCACGGCCUUUGAGCUGCGACCCCUGCUGGCGGCCCCGCGCGAUACUCUGCCAGCAGGAGGGCAGAUCAAUGAGCUCGUUCUCACCUACCCGCUCGAGAUCAAGGAAGAAAAGGCGAAAGUCAGCUAUGCUGUCCCUUUGUUCAACCACCUCUACGAUUCGGCUGUGCCGAUGCUCUCGCAGCUUUUUGACGGCAACAAGACGCGAGUCGAAUUUAACGAUGUCUACAGCGGAUCAAAGACGGUGGAGCUCAUGAAGGGCAACUACACACUCCAGGUGGAGCUCUUGAAUCCUGAUGUCAAAGUGCUGGAGAAGCUCAAGAAUGCUACUCUGCGCGUUGACACCAACUUGGGCAAGGAUGUUUCGUUGGACUUGUACGAGGAUCAUGUCGACCUUUUCGGCUCAGCCAAACCCUCUACUUUCAGCAACAUCAAAUUGCUCCGAGGCGAGAGGAAACUGCUCGUCAUCGACACGAAUUUGGAGGGCGAUGCUGUGCCGAAGGGUGCUGAGCCUGGUGACAUUCUGAUUGGUCAUGUCACUGCGAACGGUGGAUGUGAGGGUCGCUCUGGCGAGCUUAGACUGGUUGUACCACCCACUGCCAAAAAGCAGCAGCCUGACGAAGGUGUCAAGCUUAGCACGGAGAAGAAGCUCCCAGAGCUGCUGGCUGGCUUGCUAGAGAAGACGCCCGAGGCCGAAAAAGAGGCUUUUGCGGAUCGUUUGCUGAAGGACUAUCCUGACAACCUCGCUGUCCUCGUUGCGCGCCUCAAAGCUAUCAGCAAACCAGACGAGAAAGAGAAUUCUCCCAAGCUUCUUGAAGCAGCGAGGCUCAUCUUCAACAACAUCAACGAGAACGAAGUCUUGCUUCACAUCGGCUCGAAGAAGGUUCCGGUCGCUGAGCGCACCAAGGAGGAGAAAGAGCAGAUCAAAGAACUCGACGAGAAGAAGGACGCAUACAUUCUGGCUCUGAAUCGGUAUGUCUGCUUCGCUCGUGAUCAGGCACAAUUGGCACGGCAACCGAGCUGACCUUCUUUGACCAUCGUACGCAGCCAAACUCGCGCAUUGCUAGCCCAAUCGGCAGAGCGUCCUUCUGCCGAAUUUGAGUCCGCAUUCGCACAGUACAGACGAGUAGCAGAUGAAAAGGACUCUGCCUUUGCUGUUGUGGCCACUUCGUGGCACGCAGGGCACAAGCGAUACGGCAAAGCGUUGCAGCUUCUCCGAAAGGCUAUCAAGGACUUUGGCGCAGGCACAUCGAGCAAUUUGGAAGAGCUCAACAAAGCCAGAGAGCUUGAAAGGUGAGCCAUCAGGAGCAAGCGAGCAAUCCUCUCGAUUCGGUGCGCAGUGGUGCUUACCGAGCCGCUCAUCUCCGGCACUCUUCACAGGACCUAUCUACAAGCGCUCAAUUGGACGCUCUGGUCUGCCAACGCCGACCGGUUCAAGGCACUUCAGAAUCCCAAAAUUUACAGCGGCUUUUGA